GAGUCGCAGCUGUUGCUGAAAGCAGUCUCGGCAAAGAACAUCAGCCCUUCAGCAAACCUCUCUUUUUUCUGACAGUAUCAGCACUGAUCAAGUCCUAUGUAAGAAGGAAAUACAUUUCGGAGGCGUAAGAAGUUAGAAUUUGGAUGUCAUUAAAAUUCAUCUCCAGCCGCGACGAAAGGUGCCAACGAUCCACUUCAGAGCUCGGUCUACAUCUACCAGCUGAACUAGAAUUCCUGAGUUAUGUAACGUGUCCUAAGUCAGCUGACUGGAUUGAAAGGGACUGGAAAACCUUAUAAAGAAGUGGGGUUGAAAAAAAAUCUGAUAUAAAAACAACAGAAACGCGCGCCCACGCGUAUUCAGAAUAUUUAAUUUCACUUUAAAUUUAAUUUAAUGUCUUUCUCUGCAUCACUGGCUCUUUGUCGGUUUGGGAAAAUAAAAAGUCACUUCAUACUUCUAUAAGCCAACUAGCUUAACGAUUCUGUGACUAUUUUGUCUUAAUUUGUCAAAAACAAAAUUGCCAAUUGCCGAUUUAUUGUUUUAUGUAUUAGAAAGCGUUAGAAAUUGAGUUCAGUGGCAAGAGGAUGCUGAAUUUGAAUAGUCCAGACAGCAAUUCUUUCCAGGACCCCGUGUCACUCAACGUCGGCGGAGAGGUGUACACCACUACCUUGGACACGCUUACACGCUGCAGGGACUCCAUGCUGGGUGCAAUGUUUACUGGGCAGAUCCCGCUACUCCGAGACAAGCGAGGCAACUUUUUCAUAGAUCGCGACGGAAAAGUAUUCCGUUACAUCCUCAACUACCUCCGAUCGAACAGCCUUGACCUACCAGAUGACUUCAAGGAGAUGUCGCUGCUUAAGCGAGAGGCGGAUUUCUUUCAAAUACGACCCCUGCUGCACGAGAUACGGCGCUAUGAGUCUGGACCACAAGGGGUAAACUGGCGUAGUGCAGUGCUCAAUACAGAUGUGGACAGCCAGGUACGUGUACUGCACUUCAACCUGAAACGCGGACCAGAGAAUUACGAGUUGCGUUCCUGCGCAGUGCGUGUUUACUCUGCCAAUGUAUUCUGCACUUCAUGCGCCUUCAUAAAGCUACUAUGUACCCGUUUCUCGUACCGGACGCGGGAACGUACCGCAUCCCCGCAAUCCAACGAAGAAAAGCCAAACUAUCUUCGUAUGGAGUGGGUUCCUCGGCCAGAAGACUUGCCCCAGGACCAGUACGAGAAGAACAGCUUCCGAGAACUAACGGUUACAUCCCAGGUGACAUCCCCCGCUACCUCGCCAACGUCUGUAAUCCCAGACACUCGUGCGUUCAUGGAGGAAAUGCUGAAGGUCUCCCUGUCUGAGGGGUUUCGCGUGGACUCAGUCUUCCCUGAUCCGUCAGACAUCCUUAACUGCCGGUCGCUGCGAUUUGUUAGGUACUAAGGCGCCUGAUAUUGACCCAAGGAAGGAUAACAAUGUUUACAUCUUAUUAUCACUAUUUUUUCGAAGAUAGUUACAACUUUAAACAAGACCGUUCUAAAUGUGUUUACAGCAACAAUCUGAUCCUGAAACACGGUUACAAAACGUGACUAAUAGCCUAACAGUUGUAACAAUUGCAGAGUAAUACAGAUCUCAGAGUGUAGCCAAGCUGCGUAAUUUUUUUUCUUCUCAUGGGAACCUGUCUUAACGGUUCCGACCAUUAUGAAAGAUUUUCAACGGUGUUCGUAGUUAAUGUUUUGCCAGUCAAGUGUCCUUGAAACCCCUUUUGUUUCAACGUCUUGAAUUUUGUUUAGUCCUAGCUUUCUAAUUUGUUUGUAACAAGUAUUCCUAUUGCUUAUAUCCCUGCACUAGGACUGAACUGAAAGGAAAACAAAUAUUUCCUUCUCACGAGGCCCACCAUCUCGUUAAAAUUGAGAGCCAAAUUGAUCCACGGCACCUACUGAAGGCUUGAGUGAGUUUGGACGCAACUGACAGUUGAAAUAGGUGCAGCACAGAACAAUUUUGACAAAUUGGAGUGUGUGCAUGCCAGACAUUCUUUUGUACUGUAUUCAUGGCAGAUUUAGAAACAUCAGAAGAAUGCUGGUUGAAUGGUAUGCCAAAUCCAUGCUGUUGCGAAAUAAUCCAUUUGGUUUUUUUUCUGCAUUGUAUGAUUCAUUGUAUGUAAUCAUGUAUUGUAAAGCGUCUUUGAGACUAUGAAAAGCUCUAUAUAAAAUAAAUGUAUUAUUAUUAUUAUUAAGGGGGGAAGUAUACAAUACAGUACAAUACAAGUAUUUGUCUCAAACAUUAUGAAGCUCAAUGUAUGUUUCAUAAUGACUGCUGGUGGUAAAGAUAACAUAAAUGUUUGUUUGAAAAAUGGUCAGAAGCAAGAAAAAUUCCGGAGUCUUGAUUAUUUUCGCAGCUGAGCUGGCUCCAAACUUUUAUUUCACAGUAAGAAAGAUUGACAGCUGACAUCUGCAGUUGACAGAAGAGAAUAAAAAAACAUUUUGAAAAUGGGAAACAACAAUGGAGAACAGAAAACAGAAAAAAGCAUUAGUGAUACUAUGUCCUCAACAUAAAAUAGUGUACCUCUGCUAUUUAGUGAGAUUUCUUUCCAGAUCCAACGACAUACAGCUGUAACAACCAUUGCUUUCAGUUCCUUAACUAAAAGAGAAUUCCCUUGGCAUUUGUCACCCUCCCCCAGAAGAAUAACACCCUUAAUGUUGUUCUUAGGGAUCCUUGUUUUCAGUCACUGGACUGUAACCACUAGCCUUCUAGACAAUAGACCCCCCCCCCCCCCCCUUAAUACCAGGCAGCCUCCUGCCUCUGUAGGCCAACUCAAUUCAACACGCAAACACAAUUAGAUCAGGCAAGAUAUACAUAGUAUAAACUCUACGCACUUUAACAAAUGCAGUGCAUUAG